GCUGAGAAAGCCUUUCCUCUCCUGCAGUCAUUCGGUGCAGCAGUCCUCUCCUUGGAACGAUGCGGAUCUUAGUUGUUCUCACCACCUUGGUGCUAUGGGGUCUUGGAUCUGUGUCAACAGCAUUCGUGAAGUCCUCAGCCGUCAGCCACGCCAGCCAGCCAUUACGACGACGCGCUGCUGCCUCCAUUCCACCCCUCACACACACAAGCAUGCAUCUCGUUCCCGAGCACCUGGACUCGACAGAUCUCGCCCACCUGGGCGCCCAUUUCGGCGACACAGCCUUCUCAUCCCACCCCCUGUCUGAUUUCUACACGACGCUGCAAGUGGCUGCUGCCGACGCGGAUGCCCCCAAGACGUCGCCCGAGGUGGCCCGCAUCUACCGCAACAUCUUUGUGUGGAGCAUCGGGCUGCCCAUCGCCUUGGUGAUAGCCACGCUGGCCCUCACUAGGGUGGCGGCCGACUCGGUGGGCAAGUGGGGGCCCGCUGCCGUGGCGCAGAGCGAAGAGGCCAGGAACGAAGCCGCCAGAGCGGAGGCCAGCCUAAUCCGCAAGGCCAAGGAGACCGACCAGACCACUCGGAUGCCGUUGGGGCUGGGCGUCGGGGGCGAGAGGGACGUCAAGAGGAGAGAGAGGGCGGGAGAUGAGCUCAACUUUUAGCUAGCUAUAGGGCGCGGUGCGGUGUGCAGAGUGCCGCUGAUCAAGCAAUGGUCAAACCUUUGAAAGUUUUUCGUGUGUGGGGUGUGUGUUGUGUGUCUGUGGUUUGUCAGUGAAGCGCAUGAGUCAUUCAUAGAUUGGUCGGUUGAGAGACUGACGUACACACAGACAGACAGACAGACAGACAGGCAGACGUGUAGUGUAUGUGUGGGCAGGCAGGUGCAUGUUAUCAUCAUUAUUCUGUGCCUAUGUGCCCCCGUAUACGAUGGAUGGAUGACAGACACGAACAAUGGUCCAUCCACCCACCCAUCCAUGUGAAAGAAU